CAGAGGUCGCAAGGAGCAGCUAAUAUUCUUAAUAGGUAAGAACAUCGUCCAUAACCUUAUUUACGGAUCUAUCGUUACGAUUUAGAGAACGUAUCUUAGGAUAUUCGAUGCAUUUUUCAAUAAUAACAUUUUAAUUAAACAUUGUGGUUUAAUAGUGUAAUUAUUAUCAAUAAUAAAUCUUACAACGUUAUUGUCAAUUUUGAGUCGUAACAACAAAUAAUUAGUAAUAUUGAAGAAACAUGACAGAAAACUUUGAAAGGGAUAUUCCACCAAUGUAUACAAAUGAAGAACCGAAAACAGCUGGUCAACCACUCUCCGAUUUCCUUUUACAACUGGAAGAUUAUACACCAACGGUACCUGAUGCUAUCAGCGAACAUUACUUACAUACUGCUGGUUUUAAUACUACCGAUCCUAGAAUAGUACGUUUAGUAUCCCUAGCAGCUCAAAAGUUUAUUUCCGAAAUUGCUAAUGAUGCCCUUCAACACUGUAAAACACGUGGUGCUAAUCAAAAUACAAAAACAAAAGGAAAGGAUCGUCGUUAUAUGCUUACUAUGGAAGACUUGACACCUGCUGUUGCAGAAUAUGGCAUUAUAGUUAAGAAACCACACUAUUUUGUUUAAAGAAAAUAUAUUCUUUAUCAUAAAAUUGGUCUUCUACUACAUUUUUUGAAAUCUAAUGUAUACUUUUAUAAAUACACAUAUAGACAUAUAAUUUUCAUUACUGGAUAUAUUAUAUUAGAUUGUAUACAUUAUAUCAAAAACAAUAUGUAAUUUUAUUUAAAUUAAAAAAUUAAAUAUGUCGUACAUCAAGGAGAUAAA